AUGUGCAUUUUUUUAUUUGGAGGCAUACAAUGGCUCGUAAGUUCAGAUAGUGAUUAUUGUGGAUGUCAUUGUCAGAAGACCUCUUCUCAAGCUAAAAGUUCUUCUUCGUCUCGUCACAGGUGCGAGGAUGAGGGUUGCUAUUCCACCUUGUCUUGGUCUAAUGGUAGUCAGGAUGAAAUUGGAGUGAGGUUUAUGAAUGAACUGAAAUGUAAGGCGGAGGAAGAGAAUAAGGCAAGUACCUUUACUUUGUUGGAGUCCACGCUUCUUCAUUUGUACCAACGUGUACCUACAUGCAUUGCCAGCGAUACCAUGCAUCGUGUCAAUCCAUCAAUUUUCCUGAUUGAGAAAGGUGGUUGUUAUUAG